AUGCUAUUGGCGAUUUCCUCCCCAAAGUUUGACAUUGAGCAUGGAGAGCUGCUUUUAUAUCAAAACAUGGUGCUCAGAGAGGCUGGAAGACCUCAGAAGGCUUUGGAUCAGUUGACAGCACAUGAAUCACUGAUGCACGAUAAACUUGUGGUGCGAGAAAUAAAAGGGUCUCUGUUCCUUGAAUUAAAGCAGUUCAGGGAAGCAGAGAGAAUUUACAAGGACUUACUAAGGAGAAAUCCAGAGAAUAAGCAUUAUUACCAAGAACUGGAAAAAGCCAUGCAGUUAGAGAACCCAGAUGACCGAUACAACCUGUACAUGAAGUACUCUGAGUCAUAUCCAAGAGCACAGGCUCCAAAGAGAAUCCCCCUUUCUUUUACAUCAGGAGAAACUUUUGCUCGAUUAAUUGACAACUACAUGCGACCAGCGAUUCACAAGGGAGUGCCACCUUUGUUUAACAACAUUAGGACUUUAUACACUGAAAAGGACAAGGUGAAGAUUGUUGAAAAUGUGGCCCUUGGGUAUCUGGACAAUCUCAUUACAUUUAAAACGUUAACAGGGAAAGGUGGUGAUCUUGAGCCUCCCACAGCAAUCCUUUGGGUGUACCACUUCCUUGCCCAGCAUUUUGAUUAUCUACGGGACAGCAAGAAGGCCAUGGAGUACAUUGACAAAGCUCUUGAGCAUACUCCUACCCUUAUUGAGGCAUAUAUGGUCAAAGCCAGGAUUUAUAAGCAUGGGGGAGACAUGGAGAAGGCUGCACAUUGUAUGGAUGAAGCAAGAUCUCUUGACACUGCUGACAGAUAUGUCAAUUGUAAAUGUGCCAAGUACCAACUACGAGCCAAUCAGGUUCAAAAAGCUGAGGAAACAUGUGGAUUGUUCACUAGGGAAGGAGUUGGUGCUGCCGAAAACCUGAAUGAAAUGCAGUGUAUGUGGUUCCAAACUGAGAGUGGUUAUGCUCUGCAAAGACAGGGCAAGCUGGGAGAAGCUCUGAAGAAGGCCCAUGAGAUUGAGAGACAUUUUGAUGAAAUAACAGAAGAUCAGUUUGAUUUUCAUACCUACUGUAUGAGAAAAAUGACUCUUAGAGCUUAUGUGAGACUGCUGCGACUUGAGGACGUUCUUCGAAGCCACAGAUUUUAUUUCAAAGCUGCUAAAAUGGCAAUAGAGUGUUAUGUUCGGCUCCAUGACAAGCCUAUGACUGCAAACGACGAAGAUGCUGAAGCAGGGUCCAGCGAGCUGUCAGCUAAAGAUUUGAAGAAACUACGUAGUAAACAAAGAAGAGCAGAGAAAAAAGCCCAGGAAAGCAAGAAGGUAUCAGCAGGUAAAGACAGUGAUAAGAAAGCCGAUCCCUUAAAAGAACCUCCGUUUGAAUCAGACGCAUUAGUCAGGGUAAAUGAUCCAUUAGAUCAAGCACUCAAAUUCCUCCGACCAUUACAGAAUCUGGCGUCAAGUAGAAUAGAAACCCAUCUGUUGGCAUAUGAAGUAUUCAGCAGAAAAGGCAAACUUCUGCUGAUGUUACAAUCUGUUAAACGUGCGCACGCCAUAGAUGCAAACCAUUUUUUUCUCCAUGAACACUUAGUAAAGCUCGCUGUUAAAGUGUCUGAGUCGAAGCACAUGAAGGAGCCCGUGGCAAUUGUAAUAGAACGAGAACUCAAAACUCUUCUUAACGGAAACGAUAUCAAACAAUUUAAUGCUGAUUUCUUGGAAAAACACUCUCAUUCCUUGCUUCACAGAUUUUCAGGUUUUUUUAUGCUAUGUCUUUUGGAUGCUUCAAAAGUAGACGAUGCGCUGGCGCUGGUUACAGACUUAUCCGAUAGUCUAGAAGACAGGACAUUAGAGACCUGCACAAUGAUUUACAACGCACUUUUAGAGGGUACGUUCGGCGAGUGCACUGAUUUGACGAGGGAGUAUUUCCUCAAAUGCAGGACUGUGUUUCCGUUGGCUUCAGUGUUCGCAAAAGACGACGGAGUCGUCGGAAAUGUAAAUGGAGUAGACGGUGCUCAGACCGGCUUAAGUGAGCCGUUAUGCGAUGGCGUGGCAUGAGUUGAAUCACGAAACAUCGGAGCAAGGAAAACUGUCAUUUUACGUAGACACGCCGAACGAUCUUUUAAAUGUGUGGAGAAUGGAAGAUGAAAAGUCCAUGAUGUACUGUAUUCAGAGAAUUUUUAGUAUUUUGGUGCAAGGAUUCUGCAAAAUAUAUAAACCACUUUGUUGGGUAGAAAUUGGCUACUCAGAGAAACAGUGGUCGAAAAUGUUCUUAGGACCUCGAGGAGCUGUUCUGACAAAUAAUUGACACAAACAUUGUACUGAAUUCUCGCGAGGUGUUACACCUUGACUCCCCUCGUUUUUUUAGACGAUUAACCGGGACCGGAGUCCAAAUCUAGAUUUUGACGCUGAAAGCUUAAGAUAAACUGUAAAAAGAAGCCAUGCACUGUUGACAUGAGCCUCCAUUGUAGCCGUUUUUUUUUUGCCAGGUAACGUUGUUUGACAUCUUGCGAACGGCUACGAAGGAGACUAGAGCUAUUUGGGAUAUUCUACCAGAUUACUUUUCACCAUUUGAAUCACAACGCAGCUUAUUUUUAAAAAUAAAUGAAUAAUUCACAAGGGACUAGUUUCGCCGAGCUGUAAGAAAAGAUUGUAAACACUUCCAUAUAAGGUCCGGUUCAAACGCCAGAGAUUUUAUGAGCCAAAUCUUACAACUGAAAUUUCACGUGUAAAUUCGUUUUUUGUUUUUUUUCUGAAUCAAUUAAGAACGGCUAUUUUCAUUUCGAACGGCCUAGCCGUUUUCUCAGACUUACUCGGCAAGGCAUUUCGACUUUGAAAUAUCUCUUUUUACGUCCCUGAUUCAGACGCCUAACUUCUUAAGUACCGAAAUUUUUUUUUAAAAAAUUG